CACUCGGCACGUCGCAAGAACUCAAAUAUGAAUGAAUGAGAACCCCUUACCGGAACACCUGAAUACUUAAUAAACGGAUAAAAUUAACAUUAAUAACAACUGUCUGUGCCCGAUCCACAUUUUAUCCGAGGACAAACGAGAAAGACGUUCGACCAAGAUAUAUUCCAUACGGGGGCGUCAUUUGAGGAGGACUACUCUCUAGUUUUUCAUUCUUCGCUCGGAAGAGGAGUGAAAAUUCAAAAGACUUUCUCCGAACGAAACGGUGGUCCACGUCCGAUACAAACUGGCAUGGAACAGAAUCCGGAAAGAUAUCCGAACGAAUUAUCGAGAAACAAGUCGGAAAAUGAGAGCAACGACGAGGAAUACGCGCGUUCUCCCAUUUUACUCGAUCUCGAUGAAAAUUCAAAGCAACAAGAGCUACGAGAACUGGAACAUGAACGAGAUCGUGAACGACAACGGCAGGAUAUCGUCAACCACCAAGAAACGAUUUUACCGAACGUUCUAUCGACGGCCGAUCAACACCUACAGGAUCAAUUAUCGCAAAGUGCAUCAGACGAUCCGACUGUGAUUCGACGUCAAUCCCUGAGAAGAAGAUGGCAAGAUCCUAAUAAUCUCGAGGAACGCCAACAAUCUUCGGACAAUGUUUUAAUAAUAAGAGUACCGGAACCAGAAAUAAUAGGUGGCCAUCCACAAUUGGAGAUACUUCAUGAAACAAGUAUAAGAUCGGUACAGCGUGAACCCUCGCAAACUGAGAAAGACUACAAAAAGUCAGCAUGCGAUCGCGAACGAACGCGAAUGAGAGACAUGAAUCGUGCUUUCGAACUUCUCAGAUCAAAGCUUCCAAUAUGCAAACCACCAGGUAAAAAACUUUCUAAAAUUGAAUCACUAAGGCAUGCUAUAAUAUAUAUCAGACAAUUGCAAAGUAUAUUGGAAUCUCAAUACAAUUACGUUCCAAAUGUAUCAGAAAGAACAACGUAUUACGGGAAUCAUACGAUACCCUUCGAAAUACGUCAUCCUAAUCGAUGGAAACCUUAUAGCUGUUAUCGUUACAACCAUCAGACUCCUUACGUCACUCCGUCUCCACCCAGUUUGACAUCAUCCUUGCAUCCACGAUUAUCCUGUGAUCCUGAAGAAAGACCGUUCCCAUACGACACACAGCAUUGAGAUAUUAAAAAAGGAAAAAAAAAAGAAAAAGAAAAAACCAUGUACUUUAGUAUACAUAUUAAAUUAUAUUUAAGUUGCAAUAAAGCAAUAAAGUUUUCAUAUUUCCUUUA